CGGGAGAGCGUCGUGAGGGGGAUUGGUAGUCGGGGAAGGGAAAGGCAAGUCGGGCAGGAGGGACAGAGCCGGCGAGCGCGGUGAUGGAGCUGCUGAGGACUAUCGCUUACCCGCCGGGCGGCGGCAGCGGCGGCGCUAAGUGCUGCGAGGCGCCACUGGGCAGAGCGGCUGGCGGCGAGUCGCGAAGGAAGAAGGCGGAGGAGCAGCCGCACCAGCACGGCCAUCCCGCCGCCGAGGUCUCCCGGAUUAUAACCGACCCCACGACGGGGAAGCGCUACUGCCGCGGCAAGGUGCUCGGAAAGGGUGGAUUCGCCAAGUGCUAUGAGAUGACAGAUUUGACAACAAAUAAAGUUUAUGCUGCAAAAAUCAUUCCUCACAGCAGAGUAGCAAAACCUCAUCAAAGGGAAAAGAUUGAUAAGGAGAUUGAGCUGCAUAGAAUGCUUAAUCAUAGGCAUGUUGUGCAGUUUUACCACUACUUUGAAGACAGAGAGAAUAUUUACAUUCUUCUGGAGUACUGCAGUAGAAGGUCAAUGGCUCACAUCUUAAAAGCGAGGAAGGUAUUGACAGAACCAGAAGUGCGAUACUACCUCAGGCAAAUUGUGUCAGGGCUAAAGUAUCUUCAUGAACAGGAAAUCUUGCACAGGGAUCUUAAACUAGGCAAUUUCUUCAUUAAUGAGAACAUGGAACUGAAACUGGGUGACUUUGGCUUGGCAGCUAGGCUGGAACCACUGGAGCACAGGAGGAGAACAAUAUGUGGCACACCAAAUUACCUCUCUCCAGAAGUCCUCAACAAACAAGGGCACGGCUGUGAAUCUGACAUCUGGGCCUUAGGCUGUGUAAUGUAUACAAUGCUCUUGGGAAGACCCCCAUUUGAGACCACAAAUCUUAAAGAAACAUACAGAUGUAUAAGGGAAGCAAGAUACAGCCUGCCUUCAUCUCUCUUGGCACCUGCAAAACAUUUAAUAGCUAGCAUGUUGUCAAAAAAUCCUGAAGAUCGGCCCAGCUUAGAUGAAAUAAUUCGACAUGAAUUUUUCUUACAGGGCUUUACACCUGAUAGACUUUCUGCUAGCUGUUGUCACACCGUUCCCGAUUUCCAUUUGUCAAGUCCUACUAAAAAUUUCUUCAAAAAAGCAGCUGCUGCUCUCUUUGGUGGUAAAAAAGAUAAAGCCAGAUACUUUGAUACACAUAACAGACUAGCUAAAGAAGAUGAAGAAAUCUACAAGCUCAGACAUGAUUUGAAGAAGACAUCGAUAACCCAGCAGCCCCACAAACACAGAACAGACGAGGAGAUCCAGCCUCUUACCACAACAGUAGCGAAGCCAGGAGCAUUGCCAGAAACUAAGCAGAUUGGAGACUCUAUUCGGAUGAUAGUCAGAGGAACUUUGGGAAGCUGCAGCAGUAGCAGUGAAUGCCUGGAAGACAGUACCAUGGGAAGUGUUGCUGAUACAGUUGCGAGGGUAUUGCGCGGAUGUCUGGAGAACAUGCCAGAAGCAGACAGCAUUCCCAAAGAACAGCUGACAACAUCAUUCCAGUGGGUUACAAAAUGGGUGGACUACUCUAACAAGUACGGCUUUGGAUAUCAGCUGUCAGAUCACACUGUUGGUGUCCUUUUCAACAACGGGGCGCAUAUGAGCCUUCUGCCAGACAAAAAGACAGUCCACUACUAUGCUGAGCUAGGCCAGUGCUCUGUCUUCUCAGCCGCAGAGGCUCCUGAACAGUUCAUUAGCCAAGUAACUGUGCUGAAGUAUUUCUCUCACUACAUGGAAGAGAACCUCAUGGAUGGAGGAGAUUUGCCCAGCCUAACUGAUGUACGCAGGCCCAGGCUUUAUCUCUUACAGUGGCUUAAAUCUGAUAAAGCAUUAAUGAUGCUCUUCAAUGAUGGCACGUUUCAAGUGAACUUCUAUCAUGAUCACACAAAAAUUAUCAUUUGCAAUCAGAGUGAGGAGUAUCUCCUUACCUACAUCAAUGAAGAGAGGAUAUCCACAACGUUCCGUCUGACAACUCUUCUGGUUUCUGGAUGCUCGUUGGAACUAAAACACAGGAUGGAAUAUGCUCUGAACAUGCUGCUUCAGCGAUGUAACUGAAGGGACUGACUCAUUAAACCAAAUGGACCUUCUUGUUCACUGUGAAAUCUACAGUGGGGAUAUCGGAGCAACUAGUAUGUUGAUGAUGGAUGUGUGGUGGUACGAAAACUUGACUAUCCUAGUGUGCUGGGCACACAUCUAUUAGACAGAAGCCUAAACCUACUGUUGGACUAGGAUGGUGUGACAAGGAGUUUUUUGGACCAUAGUUUUCCUUGCUUCGUGUUAAAGAUAUUUUUGACUUGAACUCUGAGCAGAGUGUGACUGCUUGCUCUGUAAGAGAGCAUUUCUGGUGGAGUUAAACUGUGAAUAUGCAUCUGGAAAGGGAGGGACGGGGAUAUCCAUUAUUGUGGAAUAGCUGUAAUAAGCAGCUUAUGGCUGCUUAACUGUGAACUAUGGCCAUACUAUCUUUUUUUCCCUUGUUUUUCAAAAACUCCCACACUUGUGGCUGGCAAAGUGCAUUCCUUGUUAAUUUUUUUUUUUUUUAUUUAUUACAGCCUAAAGUGAAAUAUUUAUUACGCACUUUUUUUUUUUUUCCUUGGACCUUGGCAUUUUAAAUAAAGAGAAUGGAAAUCUGAAGCAUUAUUCUUCACUUUUUGUUACAAUACAACUUAACCUGUUUAGCUUUUCAUUACCAAAAAUCUUCAGGUCUCCCUUCUUUAUGCCAUUUUUGAAAAGUCUGCUACACGUCAGGAUAUGAAUGGCAGGCUCUAACACUGAGCAGUCUGUCUGUGUCUAUGCACACUUGUAGUCACAAGCACCAAUAUGCUGCUGCUAAUUAAAGUAGCAACCCUAAACAACCUGCUGAUGGAACCUAUGAUGUAAUGAUGUUGGCCUUGACUCUUGGUUAUUGUCCUAGGGGUUAAAAACAAAAGUAUGGAUCUUUUCAAGAUGUUACAUUCCAGAAUUGAUAUUGAUGUUUUACGCUGACUGAAUAGAAUUCCUUCUUUCAGGAUGGGACUUUGUGGACAGUAACUUACUUGUCUUACUCCUCUUACUUGCCAUGGAAGCACCACUCUUACUCAUAUGGGGAUUGAAGUAUCCUGACACAUCAAUGAUAGAAGGAAUUGUCCAUGCCUAUCACUGCCCCCCUCUUGUGCUCUAUUGUAUGUGUCUUUCUACCCUUGAUUAAAUGGUAACCGCAGUAAAGUAAAAUCAAAAUGUUGAGAAGAUUAAA